AUGCCAAUAUUGCCAAGAAUGAUGAGAGUUUCUCUUCUAUGCAUUCUUACCGCUACUUUAGUGUUUCAAAUCGUUCAUCAAACUACCAUCAAGGAUGAAGAUUUGAUUGGUAAGUUUGCUCAAUCCUAUAGUGAAAGCUCAUAUCUUCUUGAAUAUCAAAAGCGAUAGCUGGUUAAGUUACAGGGAAGAAAUGACAAUUUGAAACCAUUAUAGUUUUUACGUUUUUUCUUCAGCCAAUUGCAGAAAUCCUUUGGGAUUGGAAUCUCGCAAAAUACCAGACGGCGCUUUGUGGGCUUCAUCAGCGUUUAACAAAGAUUUUAGCAUGUUUGGGCCUCAGAGAGCCAGGCUUCGUUUGGACCAACCGCCUCGAGGUUAUCGUGCUGACGCUUCUAGCGUUGACACAAAUGGGUCUUAUAUUACUGUAGAUUUAGGAAACGACACCGUAGUAACAGGCGUUUCAACUCAGGGAUAUGGAGAUACAACAGUGCAAGAGUGGGUUACUAAGUACAAUUUGAUGUUCUUAAAUGGCAUUGAUUUUUCGCCCUUCAAGGAAACCAGCGGCGCAACUAGGGUAAGACAAUUUACUAUUUGUAUGGCAAAAACUUUUUAAGAUUCCGACAUUUAGGCCCGUUGACUUGGCUUAGUUCGAAUCGAGUCAACAGUACGGACACUGUUGAAAAGCCAUUUGUAUAGAACACUCUCUAUCUGCUGCGCUUAAAAACAUAUUUUUUAGACAGAGCUAAACGAGAAGACAAUGCCGGUAAUUUUUUGGCCUGUCUUGACAAACGAUGCGACCGAUUUCUUCUUCCGUCGCUUUUGAGUCAACCCACUUAACUAAUCCUCCUCCUCCUCCUCCUCCUCAUCAUCAUCAUCAUCAUCAUCGUCGUCGUCAUUAUCAUCAUCACCAUACUGAAUCACCCGACUAAAUCAGCGAACUAAUAUUUCAAAAUCACUGCAAAACGCUUUGGCUUGGUUUAAGCACUAUUUUCUUUUGAAAUGGAGCUACCUUUUGAAAGUUUUGUUUUUAUGAUCUGUUCAAAGGAAUACUUGGUUACACUUUAGUCGUAUACUAUGCAGGUGAUUCAACUUUUUGAAUCUUUUUUUUUGUUAAUUAACCUUGAUUAACUUUACACGCGGCCGCUUAUGGAAAAAUACAAAUUCAAUUCAACUUUAGACCUUUCAAGGUGCCCAGAAAGUAGAAUUAUUGCCCUAUAUUAAUAUUGAUACAACUUUCUUGCUAAAGAAAGUUUUUUCGAGUUACGUACCUGAAAUAUAAAGAAGUGCUUUAAUUUGGGCCUUCAUGCACCGCCACUACAUCCGUAAAUAUAUAAUUAUCUUUUUGUUUAACUAUUUUUUAAAUGCGAAUUCUUAAGAUGACGUUUCAGGCAGAGUCAAUUUGUCUUGUUCUCUUUAAAGCCAAAUAGGAACCCCCAACUGUUUAAAAGGUCAAACAUAAAAUAGUUGAUUGCUUUGACGGAACGGAAGCCAGUCCCUGGCUCUGAAAGAUGAAAACUUCCGGCCAGGUUCUUAUGAGUCAGAAGAACAAGAACGUUGUUUAAAAAUACAGCGGAAACUGUUGAUGAAACCAUAGCUGUAUUAGAAACAUCAAGUUAUGUAACUUUUAGACGAAUAUGAUAAGAAUUUGUUAAGAAUAUCUGAAAUGAAACUGGUCGCGACGUUUAUAGCUUUAGUUCUUAGAGCACUUCUAUUACUAACCUUGCCUAUAUUUUCUAGAGGUAAUAUUCUAAAUAAUGUAUUUUCUUGUGCUACUGAAUAUUACAUUUUGACCAGUUUAACAUUCAGGCAAAGAUGGUCUCUUUUUAUUCAAAUCUUCUUGGAAUUCUAAUGGCCAUUUAUGCUAAGGUCAAUUUAUUGGUGUAAUUAUUCACGACGGCUAGCGCGCUGCGUUUUAAUUUCAGAUUACGAUGUCGCAUUAUUUCAAUUUAGCAUAAAAGCGAAAGACGCAUUUUAAAGGCACAGAAUGUAAUUUAGGAUCAAUCAUCAAAAACGAAACUUACUGCUCAAGGGAAAAGUCGUAGACUGUUGAUUAAACCGCAUGUAAUAACAAAUGUCAAACCAAAUGGUUCCAAAUUCUUUUGCUGGAAAUUCCCUUUUAAUAAAGGCUCCCAGCCCGGCCAAAAAGAGACAAACUAUCCAGCGCGAAAAGACAAAAUUUUGCUUCCUAUCACUAUUCUUCUCACUUCUUUCCUUCUUUUUUUCUUUUUGCUAGGUAUUUGAUAUGGUCCAUUUCGGUGGGAUUUGUUUCCGCGAAAACUUUAAUCGUGAAAUGAUUUGAAAGGACAUGUACGUCGAUGCAAUGUGUAGCAAGAUUUUCAUUCGAUUUCUUGUUCAACUUAAGACAUUUUUUAGCUAUUUUUUUGUGGCCUGUUUGGCUGAAUCUUACUUAUUCAGGUUUAGGUCGAAAAAUAUCUUUCUCAUGCACAAGUUAGGAGUCAAAGAGAUGCGGAGCCACACGGGCAGUUUACUUACAAGCGGUUCAAGUGUGAAUCGGUUAAAACAUUAUAGCCACAUUUGAUGUUUUGAUUGUCGCUGUGGCAAUUGUAAUUAGUUGCCGAUUCUGUUGUUGGUGAAAUAAAUUUUCAGUGUUUUACAUUGCCUUUUUUUGUAUCGCAUCAUCAAGAAAAGUAAAAGGACUUUUCCAAGACCACAUCUCUCACCACUAGGUUAAUUUUCUCUUGAAGAACUUCACCGGAAAUGUAGACGUCAACGGAGUGCAACACCAUGAUGUCCCUCUUCCUGUUAUUACGUCAACCGUUAUGAUAAAACCGCUGGAGUGGAACAACAACGUGGGUCUACGAAUGGAGUUGUACGGCUGUAACCCGGGUAAUGGCGUGACAGGAUUUUGUUUUGUUGUUGUCCUUGUUGCUGUUGUUUCUUAUUUGUUUUGAGUUAUAAAACAUUCUUACCCCCCUCAGCUUUCAAAUGAAGAAGUUAUUUCUAUUUAUUCUCGGUUUUCACAUGACGUCACAAAAAAUUCAAACUACGUAAUUAUUGAUUCUUCUGAGUUUCUAAUUUCAUGAGGUAUUACAACAGCUAAACACCUUCAUUUACACAAAUUUUCGGAUUCGAAAGGGUCUUUGUUGUUCGAGAGAGGACACUUGAAUUUCUAUGCUUUUGCGUGACGCAGCAUCUAGCCGGCGGCGGGGAAAGCUCUUAUGUGGGUUAAAAACACUACCGAUUUUUUUUUUGGUGAUUUUGCUAUCUAAUUAUUUCUUGUCUCAGAAUAAAUAUAUGAGUUCUUCAAGCGAUGAAUUCACGCGUUUGUAGGAAAACUCAAAAGCAGAUAUCUCGGUUGGUUUCCGGCGGCCAUAUUUGUGCCCCUCAAAGGGACACCAACAUGGCGUCUCCAUACAAAGCUAUAUAAAUUUGGGUAAAACGUUUUUCCGAAUAUCUCGCAUAUAAAACAUCGCACAUACCUGAUUGUUGGUGAGGCCUUUUGUAUAUUUAUCACAGAUUCUGGACUUUCUGUAUUGAAUGGUUUUCAUUAUUGUUUUAUUUUUUCUAUGGCGUAAUUGUAAAACAGAGAAUGAAAGUUUGUCAUAUAUUCAAAUAAAACAUCUGAAAAAUGUUAUGGAGAAUUUGGAAAAAUGCAGGAGUUUUUGUUGUAACCAAUUAAAUAUACUCUUAUGAUUAAAAAGUUAAUUAAAACAAAAUUAAAGCCACAUUUGUGGUUUUGGUUUCCUAUUGAUAUAAAUGUUGCCAUAUUACACCCACGCUUUUUCUUCAUGUGAUAAGUUUGGAUUCUUAUUAUAAUUCAAGUUCCAAUUCGAAACCACAAAAAAUUCCCCCUAAGUCACGGUGGGCAGACCAUUUAGAGCUAGCAGUAAUUAAAGAACAUCACUCGUUUCUUUUUCAUUCUGCUCCAAUCUUUAAAGUUAGCAUUAAUACGAAAACCGGGUCAUUUGGUUUUCCACAGAUUACUUCUUUUUGGCGAAGAUCGUAAUUGCCGAUCCAACUGCAUCGUUCACUCUUGCAUUUCUGAAUGACGACAGCGAAAAUUAUAAAACUUGGGCCGCUGACUGUUUGACUCAGGUAAGCUGAGGAGCUCCGUUACAGUUUCUGCAUCUUGAGAAAAUUUAAUACUCAAGCUAUAUUUGAAGAUGAUGAACUUUGUAUGCCGCUGGUCACCGUUACUUAAUCCCAUAAAGAAGGUUAUCCAAGCAAUUACAUGUACAAUUCCAGCCAAUUCCAAAAUCAUUGUGACAAUCAGUGAAGCAGCGUACUAUUUUUAACAAUAGCGGCGUAAAAUCAAUAUCAUAACGGGAGCGUGCGCACCUAGUUAAUGACAUCUACGAUAUGCCCAUAAUUUAAGAAAUUGAAUUUUUUUUGCCUUGUGGAGGGAUAUCUUUCUUUUGCCUCAACAGUCGCAAAACAGUUUUAUUUGAAAGUGAAGUCGACGAUCAUGGCAAAUUGGAGUGGGUCUCGAGCAAAUAGCUAUCUGGUAAAAUAAAAAUGGUUGUUAGUUUUUCAUUUUUGCAAAGGCUUAAUUUAUGGAGCAAGGGUGGCGCAGUGGUGAGAGCACUCGUCCCCCAGUAAUGUGGCCGGGUACGAAUCCUGGCGUCGAUGCCAUGUGUUAAAGUUUGUCGUUAGUUCUCUCCCUUGCUCCGAGAGGUUUUUCUCCGGGUACUCCGGUUUUCCCGUCUCCUCAAAAACCACUACUUCCAAAUUCCAAUUCGUUCUGGAACGCACGGACUCGUUUCAAUGAGUUCUUCCGAACUUCUAAGUGCUCCGUGGGUAAACAAAUUACAAUUUACAAGUGAAAGAAGUAAUUUCGCUUGUUCGUCUUAAUUGUAAUCAGCAUUUUCAACAUUUUUCGCAACCUGUUCCGUUUAGAUAAGAGACGUUGUGCAGUUUGUUCCAGGAUUCCUUGACUUGAAGUUCAAACGUUUUCGGUGAGUACCAAAGUUAGUUUCAUAUGUAAGCUUCACAUAUUGUUGGCCAAUGACAGAUAGCUAAAUACCUAAGUGAUACCUAAGGGAAUGUUAAAUGAAUGUAUGCUGAAAUAAUCUCUGUUGUUUUUGUAUUAGACUGAGUACUGAUUCUAACAAACUGUCGGUGCGUGUUGAGGUCGAAAUACACUGUAUCAAGGAUGCUGCCGACUACAUAGAAGGGAAGCUACUUAUAUCCGUCAAAUCUAGGGAUAGUAUGUUCACAUCAUACAUGGACUUUCAGCAUCCUGGUAAAUGAGCCAGCUUUAAAAUUUCAGUUGUAUUUUAAUUCGAAAAAACAACAGGGUACUACAUAAUUCUGUAUUAUAUAUGCCGGAAACUAAAAGUACUGGAACAUAAUGUGCAUGUUACAUAUUAGGGGUGCUGGAUCACUGGAAAGUUUUACGAGUCACUUUAAAUUCGUCCUUUUUAGACGCGCCUUUUUAAUCAAUAACGUGGCUGUAAUGUUUUCUUAAAUCUCAAUUGCUUUUAUCUUUUAGUUUUUCUUAGGAUUUUUGGGUUUUCUAUUUUAACAUCUAGGACUUUACAUUGUAGUUUUUAAAUGUUGGUUUCAACUACGUAAAUAUAGCGCCCCUAGGUUCUUGGGAAAAACACUUCAUAAAUGUCUCAUUAUCAUGUCAUUAUUAUUAUUAUUAUUAUUAUUAUUAUUAUUAUUAUUAUUAUUAUGUCUAUUAUCACAGUCUUUGCUGGUGUUCUUUUUGUGCAUCAGCCGGGCGCAAACCAUGCACCUAGAGCGUCAGUCACUGAAGUCAAUCAUUCUGUUCAUACACCGAACACCUUUCUGAGGAUUCGUGCAGAUCCCAGCAUGCAGAUCUUUUGAAUCUCUGUCAUAGUAGCUCAAUUAUUAUUAUUAUUAUUAUCUCAUUAUCAUUCUUUUUGCUGGUGUUCUGCAUUGCACCAUAGUCACUCAAGUCAAUCAUUCUGUUCAUACACUGAGCACCUUUCUGAGGAUUCGUGCAGAUCCCAGCAUGCAGAUCUUUUGAAUCUCUGUCAUAUUAGCUCUUUCUGAUACUUUCUUGAUGUUUUCUACCAUACCCUUCUUCACUGUACCAAGCGCACCAACAACCACAGGGAUCACUACGGUUUUCAUAUGCCACAUUCUCUGUAUUUCUAGUUCUAGGUCUUUGUACUUGCAUUUUUUUUCAGUUUCCUUCAGUGCGAUGUUUCUAUCCGAUGGAACAGUCAUAUCAAUAAGUUUGCAGGUGGAAUUCACUGAAUCUUUAACGAUGAUAUCUGGUCUGUUCGCUGUUAUAGUUCUAUCAGUAUUGACUGGCAUGUCCCACAUGAUGGUGAUGUUGUUAUCUUUAUUGUGUAUCAAGGUCUCUGGUUCGUGUUCGUACCAUUUGUCUGUAAUCUCUAUAUCAUGAUCUUUACAUACGCUCCAAUGGAGAUAUGCUGCAGCAUUAUUGUGCCUGGAGAUGUACUCUGUUUUGGCUAAUACCUCACAUCCAGAUACAAUAUGGUCCACUGUCUCUUCAUGUUGCGAACACAAUCUGCAUUUGCUCUCCACUUGCUGGCCACAUAUUACUUUCUGGUAGUUUCUGGUGUUUAUUGCCUGGUCUUGAGCUGCAACAAGUAGUCCCUCUGUUUCUCCUUUCAAAUUACUUGACAACCAUUUGUUGGUGGUGACUGUGUCUACAUGAGGCUUCUCUAGGAUCUUUGGAUACUGGCCAUGCAAUGCUUUGUUUUUCUACUUUUCUUCUUUCAUUGACUUCAUCAUCAUUGUUAUUAUUAUUAUUAUUAUUAUUAUUAUUAUUAUUAUUAUUAUUAUUAUUAUGUAUAUACUCUCAGUGUUUAACAGGUAACCAGUUCCUGGUACAACUUACAUCCUACAACCUACCAACAACUAAAAAACUCGUCGGAGGAUUCGUGCUGUUCCUAAUAAGAUAGUCUUUUGAAUUUGAGCCACAGCAAGAUUCAUUCCUAUGCUUUCAAGAUGGCCGACUAAUCCUUUUGGGAUUGUCCCAAGUGCCCCUACAGCAACUCUAGUUUUGACCUUUCACAGUUUUCCUAAUUCUCUUGCCAGGUCUUGAUAUUUAGCAAUUUUCUCUUUCUCCUUCUGUUCCACCCUAGCGUCUCCUGGAACAGCUAUGUUAAUAAUUUGGCAAACUCCUUGUUGUUUGUCUACUACAACCAGGUCAGGUCUAUUGUGGUCAAGCUGGGGAUCAGUCUACAUGCUAAAAUCCCAAAGGAUUUUCACUUUCUCGGACUCUCAAGCUUCCAGGGACAUGCUCAUACCACUUGUCAGCAACUUCCAAUUUGUACUUACCGCACAGGCAUCAAUGGACACCUUUUGCAACACCAUCAUGUCUAACUUUAUAUUCUCUCUGAGCCAAUGCUGAGCAUUCACAAACUAUGUGGCUUAUAGAUUCCUGGGCACUCUUGCACAACCUGCAUUUUGAGCUCGCAGCCUGUUUGUCAAUCUUUGCCUGUUACUGCAUUGGUUCGAAAUGCCUGGUCCUGAGGCGUUGUUAACAAUCCUUCUGUCUCCUUAAAUUCCCCUUCUUUUAAACCACGUCUAAGAGAUAUUAUUUAUCACUCCUUCUGUAUGUCUUGCAAACUGGCCAGGCGAUGGUUUUUUCUUCCAAUCCGCCAUUCUCUCGUCAUUCGUUGCUUAUACUGCAAGUGAGUUACGCUUCAAAACGUGGCAGGUAGCUUUUAGCGGCAUUUCCUGACCCUGCAAAACAAAUGAUUCAAACUAAACUGUUCCAUGGUGACAGAAUCCACUGCACUUAUCAACCCACGUCCACCUUCCUUCCUUUGCAAGUAUAUUCUACUUGUGUUUGCUCAAGAGUUUAGAGCACCAUAGAUUGUGAACAGUUUCUUGCAUUCCUGUCAAUAGCUUCCACCUCCGUUUUCCUUCACUUCAAGAUACCUGCACUAACCUCAAGAGAGAUACAGCUCUUUCAUUAAUAGCUGCCACAAAAUUGCUUCCGUUCAACUUCGAUUUCAGAAUGGAUCUUAUCCUGUGAAAGUAUUACUUUGUCGGUUUUGCUUUCAUUUCCUCUUAAAAGAGAUCACCAGCCUCUAACACGCUCAGAUACUUAAAUCCCUCCCCCUGUUCCAAUGCGGAAAUUUCCCUGCCUUCGGAUAGCUUCAUGCUGUCAAAAAUGAUAAUUUUUCUUCUCUUGAAGAUUAUGCAUGCACACCUCUGAAUACCGAACUCCUUUGCAAUAACUUUAGGCCACACAACUUAAGGUCGUCCAAAAAUAGUGGGAAGUUAAUCCGAAUCUGGUCAUUGCGUAGGACAUACCCAGGCUUCAUCUUUCGGAGUAGCAGUGUCAUAGCAAUAGCAUAACGCAAUGGUGAUAGAGAGUCCUAUUCCUCAUUUGAUUCGAAUUUCGCCAAGCGACUCAUUGCUUGUUGAGGUCAAGACCUCCAUACUUCUUCCCAGGAGAUUUUGUACAUUCUUAGCAGCACCAACUAUGUGAGGCAUUCCAUGAUCCACGUGUGCGGGAGCAUGUCGUACGCCUUCUUAUAGUCAAUCCAUGCCAUCGCCAAAUUUGCCUACCUCCCCUUGCAAUCUUUUAUCACCAUCUUAUCAAUUAUCAACUGAUAUUUUGUUCCUCUAGAUUUUCUUCUACAGCCUUCUUGCUCUUCGGGGAAUAGUUUCUACCUCUCUAGAUGCUCAUAAAAUGAGAGCAGAUUAUUCCAGUGAGCCAUGUGCAAUUUAACGCCAAACGCGUAAUGGGUCAAUAGUUCCCAGGGGUGUUUUGCACUUAUCUUUCAUAAUUAAAACUGUUCUCCUGGCCGUCAUCGAAGAUGGUACUUUCCCAGUUCCAACCAUGCCUGAAGUUGUUCUGCAAUUCUGCUAUGUAGGCUGGUAACGUUCUUAAACCAAAAGCCCUGCAUCAGAUCAGGCCAGAGGCCUUCCAACUCGGAAUCCUCUUUAACUGUGUUUUAACCUCCUGAACUUUGAUCUCAAUAUUUCUUUUUGCCUUGGAAUAUCCUGAAACACUUCCCUCACAUCAUCUUAAAAUGCUGCUUUCUGAUUGUGGUGUGUUGGUUGGUCCCAGAUAUUACCCCAGAAAGCUAUAGGUGCAUCCGCAUCACUGGUCUCCUGUUCCUUCUGUGCAUCUCCAUCGCAGCUGAUGUCUGUUAUUGACAAACAGUCUGUUCUGCUUAUAUUGUCUGACUCUCCCUUGGUACCUUGGUACCUUUGCUAUUAAUUUCUGUUUCAGUUCCUCUAUUACAACAUAAACCCUUCUCUUGCAGGUGGUAUUUGCGCUGGAGCCUCGCCAUUACUCCCUUCUUCUUCAAUUAUUAUUAUUAUUAUUAUUAUUAUUAUUAUUCAUAAGGCAGAUUUGACGCCCCUGACUGUUUCUUUUUGUAUGUGGUGGUGGGGGGGGGAGGGGGUUGGGCUGGUAGAGGUUGCUAGAAGGCAUCUUUGCUGAUUUUAACUCCUUGUAAAAACUUGGUUUGAUGUAGUUUAUUUCGUCUUUUUUUUAGUGAACUCCACCUGUUCCUUCCCUGAGGCUCAUGUUAACCUCAACAAAACAGUUUCUGAAGCUACAGAGGUUUUGACGACCUGUAACAUGAUGCUCCGUGCAUACGUGACUUUGUGCAACUCAAAGAUUAACUCCAUUUCACAUGCAAGAUGGGAAAUAUUUUUUAUUUUGAAUGAAAACCAGCUUACGGACUCCUUGUUAAGAUAUGACGUCCAUAACGGCAGUGAAUAUUUAUUACAGCCAAUAACAUUUUGUGAGGACUGCUAUCCCACAUAUCUUUUUGUGACGUUCACUGCCCAAGUAAACGAGCUAGGCAUUAGAAAUGUGGAUGAUUUCGGCGUUCUCAAAAUUGUCCAACCAGAGCUAGUAGCAAUUAUAACUGGUCCCCAAGAAGCUAAAAAGGGGUUUGAGAUGGACGUCGUGCUAAACGCCUCUGAAUCAUAUGAUCCUGAUAUUCGCAGUGUGGGAACUUUGAGUUUCAUCUGGAAAUGCAAAAGAGACAAAGAGACUGAUUUCAAAGUGUGUAAACACGGGAGGACAGCUGCUAAUGGGAAACUCCUUUUUGUGGAUAUCAAUAGGUUGAAGUCUAAUCACACACACGAGUUUAAACUCCUAGUUUCAAAAGGAUAUCGGACAACUUCAGUAGUUCAUGGAUUAAAAGUGUUUCCCGCUAUAGACGUUAGAUUCAGGUUUGUAAUACAAAUGUCUCACAACAACCCUCGAAGACAAGCUUUUUGGAUUAUCAAGGGUCAAAUCUAAUCUCCAUGGCUUUACCUCAUUAAGUAAACUCGAAAAGGAUCAGUUUUCUGGAUUGAAUUGUGAUAUAUUUUUUUUGCUGGGGCGGACUGAGAACACUCCUUAAAAGUUAAACUUUCUCACAGCUGCAACCCCCUCUCGUCUUGGGUGGUCGUAGAAUAUCGGUUUCGGUAAAUGUAAAAAUUACUUUUGCACUAGUUUUGAAUAGUCUCAUUGGGUACUGUGGUGAGCAGAACCUACUAGCUCUGAGUAAGAGGGAAGUUAUCCGCUAGAAGAGCGGGGGUAGAUCGAGCAAACUAGCAAAAAGACCAAUUUAUAAACUAGUAUUCCAUAAAUACUUAAAAAUAAUUAGCAAAGUCAUAAAUCCAAAAACGGACGUCCUCAACACAAUUUAAACGACUUGGAAUACCCCCUUCAUCUGUAAUUUUGACCAAGGUACGAGGAUGAUUAUAUUUGUAAUGAUUUGAUUUGAUUUUCAGAUGCACGUCAAAUUGUGGAGGGAAAUUUAUUCAGUCUAAGCCCUUGAACCUCAACCUUGAAUGUAAGGGACACCUAUGCAAUAACGUGUCCAUGAUUACAUGGAAGAUCAGAGAAUACGAAACUGUGUACAAAGGCAGACACUGGCAAACAAUUAUCCAAAAAAGUCCACCAUUGAACAGUUUUGUUCUGAAUAAACUCUCUUGGAGUACUGCUGUAACGUACGCAAGGGAUAUUUCGGUCAAAGUUAAAGCCAUGAUUAAAAUCAAAGAACGAUAUGGAAUCAUUGACGAAGACCAUACUGAGGCAUUUCAUAUGAAUUCUCCGCCAAUUCAGCUAAAAAACGCCAAAAGUGGUUGUUUUGUUCAACCGGAAGAAGGGUUUGCCGUGGAAACCACUUUUAAUAUCACUUGCCUGGGAUGGCAUGACGAAGACAUACCACUAACGUAUGAGUUCGUUUAUAACACUAGCGUAGGCGCAGUUAUAAAUGCCCCAAUUACGGGCAUUGGAGUGAACAGGCUAUCAACAACACUUCCAGUGGGUGACAGGCUUCAGGAUUUCGAGUUCCCAGUAGAUGUACAUGUCAAGGAUUCAUAUGGAGAUUUUACUGUCAAAAGAGUAACAGUCAAGGUAUAAUUGUCAGAAUUGGUCCCAACGAGUUGUAAAAUGCUGGGAGUUUUCGUGAACUCGUAUCCAAACCAAAUAGAGGUCUUCAGCACUUCUGUUUCCUCCUAUGGCGUUCCUAGAUGCUAGGUGCACCGUCUAAUACAAGGUCUGCCAUUGUUUUGCGAGGAAAUGCCCCUAAACCGCCACCUGGUUAGCUCAUUUGGGAGAGCACUGGUCUGCUGAGCGGGGGGCAAAGGGUUCAAAACCUGGCCGGACCAACACUCAGGGUCUUUAAAUAUCUGUGAAGAAUUUGACAAUGCUGCCUUUGUACUGACAUCUGCAAACGGUUAGACUAAUCUUCUACGAUAAGGACGAAAAAGGUCCCGUCUCACAACACUUUCAGUUAUUUGUUUCCUGAAGGACGAAAAAGAACCCACACCACCGUUCGAAAAGAGUAGGGGACGUAGAAUGCAGUGGUGUCCAGCCUUUCCUGGGCUUGUUUGUUCUGUUUGGAGUUUUUAAGUAUUUUUUUUUCUGUUUUUAAAUUAGGUUCAACCCAAGAAUUCUGAAGAUGUCAACAAAACUUUGUACAGGAUUGCUUACAAAAAACCAACAGACUCAACUAUUUAA